GGUGUCCAGCGAAAGGGGGAAGAGGGCAGAGCGGAGAUGCAAGCACUAGGGUAGAAGCGAAUUAGGUUUAGGGCUCUUCUUCUCGCUCUCCUGGCGUCUAGGUGCUAGCUCCAGCGCGGGAAGCUUUCUGCGCGCUGCGAUCGAUGGUUUUUCCUUCUCCAUGCUUUCCCUCUGCUGCAUUAGGUCUGUGCAGAGGUUAGGGUUAGGGUUCUUCACCGGCUUCGCGAGCAGCUGAACGCGCCAGGAACAUGACCGUGGGACAACAAAAGCAGAAGUGGACUGCUGAGGAGGAGGCCGCGCUUCGAGCUGGGGUCGAGAAGUAUGGAGCUGGGAAAUGGCGAGCGAUUCAAAAGGACGAGGAAUUCGGGCCAGUCCUCGUGUCCCGAUCGAACGUAGACUUGAAGGAUAAAUGGAGAAACAUAAGUGCCACGAACAAUGGCAACAGAAAUAGAGGCAAAGGCGCUGGUCAAAAAACCGGGGGACGGCGAGCGAAGUCCCAGGAUGGCUCGGAUAAGGAGGAGCUAUCUCCCGUUCCCGACUCGGAAAAAAAGAUGCUUGGUACCAAGUAUGAUAAUCUUAUACUUGGUGCGCUCUCGGCAUUGAAAGAACCAAAUGGUUCCAGCAUAACUGAUAUCGCGGAGUAUAUAGAGGAGCGGCAGUCUGUACCCCCGAGUUUCAAAAAGCUCGUGGUUUCCAAGCUAAAGUCGAUGGUGCUCGAGGGAAAGCUAAUCAAGGUGCAUCAGAAUUAUAAGAUUAAUGACGAAUUUCCAUCUGAUGGAAGGGCCAAAUUCCAAAGGCUUCGGAACAACCAAGAUGACAAACAGCCGACUUUCUCGAGGGACAUCACACGGAAGCUGAGAACCGACUCCAUUGCCAAACGAACGAAGCUAGACCCCGACGCUUUGGAAAGAAGGAAAACCGCCGAAGAGGCUGCCAGAGUCGCGGCUCUGGCUGUGGCUGCCGCCGAGCAGGCUGCUCUAGCGGCGGAGCAAGCCGCGAGAGAGUCGGAGCUCGCGGAUCAAGACCUCGAGAUGAAACAAGCGGCUGCUGAUGUCGCGCUCGCAGCUACCAGGACGAAAAAACCAAUGAAGGCAGUGGCGGCCAUGGGACGAGAAGUGGUGGCUGUAACUGUGUAGCUUACUGUAACAACGCUCUACGUAUUUGCUACUGAACAAUGUAUAGGCUGGGUUAAAAGGUGGGCGUCCUGCAAACUCUCUUGUAUAGAUUUGUCGAUCGACGCAUACAGGAAGAAGGAAAAAUGGGGGGAAAAGCUCUUUUUCUUUUUACUUUUUUUUUCUAGCAUCUUAAAAACACUUUUUCCUUUUAGCAGCAGGAAGAACAGUUGACUUGUAAAUUAUUGGAGCUCCAUGGAUUCUCUACGAUCAUAAGUUCCAUGAGAAAAAAAUGUUAGCAAGA